AUGCACGCAGGAUUUAAAAGUGUGGAAUUAGCAGGGGAAAUCGGUAAUGCUCUUUGUAGACAGACUGAGAAGGACGUAACCAUGGAGUAUCCUUUUAUGAUCCAGAUGCUUGGUACAGCAUGCCAUGUAUCUGAUACAAAGCAAGAACCAACAGCCAACAUGUCUAGCAAAAGGGCAAAGACGAAGGCCACCAAGAAGCGCCCUCAGCGUGCCACUUCCAAUGUAUUUGCCAUGUUUGAUCAGUCGCAGAUUCAGGAAUUCAAGGAGGCCUUCAACAUGAUCGACCAGAACAGGGAUGGCUUCAUUGACAAAGAGGACUUGCACGAUAUGCUCGCCUCCCUUGGGAAGAAUCCAACGGAUGAAUACCUAGAUGCCAUGAUGAAUGAGGCUCCAGGCCCCAUAAACUUCACAAUGUUCCUGACAAUGUUUGGUGAGAAGUUAAAUGGCACCGAUCCGGAAGACGUCAUCAGGAAUGCUUUUGCGUGCUUUGAUGAAGAAGCAACAGGGUUCAUCCAGGAGGACUACCUGCGGGAGCUGCUGACGACGAUGGGGGACAGGUUCACAGACGAAGAGGUAGAUGAGCUGUACAGAGAGGCGCCCAUCGACAAAAAGGGGAAUUUCAACUACAUUGAAUUCACGCGCAUCCUGAAACACGGAGCAAAAGACAAGGAUGACUGAGCAAAUCCCUGGAUACCUGCAGAUUAUCUCUGCUUUCCACAUAACGUUUAUUUUUGAGGGUUUCUUCCUGAUAGAACUUGUUGCAUGCAUUUAGCUUUACAGCUUUUGCCUUUCUCAAUGUAUUUAUCUAUUCCAGGCCGUUUGGGCACAUUUGCACCUGUGUAAUCAGACUGGAAGUGGGGAAAAUAUUGCGAGGAAAGGGAUAUGGGGACAAAGAUCCAUGGACUUGGUAGUCCAGGAAAAUAAUCUCAAUGUUUCUGGUUUAGCUGGAUUUUUACAUUUUUUUGUAAUAAAUGCCAUUUUGAAAUAAAGAUUGCUAUAUAGAUAAAAUACCUCAAAUUCUUUUGUGAAGAAUGACAUUUCUAUAAUGCGUUUACAAAUGCAGGUGUUAAUUGUAUUUCACUUGCAGUUGCAAAUCGAGCUGGAAAACUCAAUUUUUGUAAUGUUUUAUGCAGUUCGAAAUGGCUCUGAGCAGCACGUGCCUCCAGUUUUUGAAGUGGCAUCUGACUGGUGUUAGUUAGCCAAAGCAGUGGUUAGGGAAGACUGUUAAAAUUGCCUAACAGCCAGCAGAGAACAUUUAUGAUUCUUAAGCAGAUAUCGUGCCCAGCUUUUAUUUCCUUUUGAUAUUAAUAGGUUUUUUUAGCAAUCUUUUAAUGUCAAAAGUUUGUGGUCCUGUUUGCUAAGUUUUUAUGCUGGCAAUAAGUGGGAAUUGGGCAUAUUUCUUCCCUUCUGCUGAAGGAAGCUUGUGCAAAGGAAUCUGUCUCUUGAGUACACUGUGCUGGCACUGAUUAACAGUGAUACAGAGCCAGAAGGCUUUAUUGAUCUGCAGCUUUUAAUCUGUGUGUGAGAACACAAGCAAAGUAGUUCUGAGAAUUAACUUGGUAACCCCCUAGUUGUGCUGAAGUCCCUCUCACUUUUAAAAAAAAUCACACAUUUUCCUCUGCUACACUGAUAAGAUGGCUUUUAAGCAAGCAGGACUCAUUUAUUCGAAACCAGCUGUGCUGAUGCCGUUGUCUCAAAUACAAAGAAGAGAGGAAGGUUGUUCUUUUAGUUCUCAGCAGGACCGGGUCCUUCCAUGUGUCUCAUUCUCUUGGCUACUGGAAGCUGAAAAGCAUGAGGGGAAUUUAUCUUACCUACAUAUUUAUCAGUUGAAAUUAUGACCACUUAUCCAGAAACCAUGCCCUCAGCUAUUUCACUUGACUUAGAAGGCUCCAAGGAAUAGGAAUUUUAUUUUGGGUAAAGGGCUUGUAAAAGCUGGGACAGCAUAUACUCUGAGGAGGGUUUCUCUCGUGUCCUGUGUGGUAGCACGGAGGCUUAGUUACUCAAUCUUGCCUGUGUUCCCAGCAAGGUGGUUCUUGAAGGUAUUCUGGCUUUAGCUCUGUAAGUAAGUUAGCUUCACAAAAUAUACU